AAGGUCAGAAUAAACAGCAGGCAGGGGGUCAUUUAGAGAGUUUAUAAAGCUUAUUGUGUUUGGAGGAAUAGACUGACGAGAAAAACUGCAACAAACGGUUACAUUUUAGGUCCUGAAAUCGACUCAGUCAAUUGUUGAAAAUGACAGCUGUGGUGUUUGUGGGUGUAGUGCUCCCCCUGCUGGUGGGCAGUGUCUCUGUUACUCAGGGGCAGCUUCCUGUGGAUUGCUCUGAUAUCUAUAAUCAGGGACAGACCCUCAGUGGGCUGUACAGCAUCUACCCUACAGGAGAAUCACCUGUGCAGGUGUACUGUGACAUGGGCAGUGAAGGAAGCCUACCACAGGAUGGGAAGUGGACGGUGUUCCAGAGAAGAAUGGAUGGCAGUGUGAAUUUCUACAGGCCGUGGGAGCAGUACAAGAAAGGCUUUGGCAACAAAUAUGGAGAAUACUGGCUGGGACUGGAGAACCUCUAUCAGCUCACCCUCAAGAGAAAAUAUGAGCUGAAGGUGGACUUGCAGGACUUUGCGGGAGGAAAGGCUUAUGCCAGGUACACAACCUUCUCCGUGGAAUCCGAAGUCAAUGGAUACAAACUCCAUGUUAGUGGCUUCAUCAAUGGAGGAGCAGGUGAUGCUCUGCAAGGACACUCUGGAAUGAAGUUCUCCACCUUUGAUAAGGACCAGGACACCUGGAGUGGUAACUGUGCUAAAUUACAUCUCGGUGCGUUCUGGUACGGCACUUGCCACCAUGCAAACCCCAAUGGAAUAUACCUUUGGGGAAAGGACCCCACCCUUUUUGCCAUUGGAAAUGUGUGGAAUCAAUGGAAAGACUAUGACUAUGGUCUGAAGUUCAUCAGUAUGAAGAUCAGACCUGUGUGUGAGAACCUGUGAUAAUAGUGUUGCGGUGUAUUCCUGAGAAGAGCAAUAAAAAGUUUAAUAAUUUAUCCUGUUAGCAGCCUAGUAAUUUCAUUCAGGGCACCACAAUUACAACACAGAUUCAUGUUAUAUACAACUCUGGGAAAAAAUAAGAGAGCACUUAAAAAUGAUGAGUUUCUUUGAUUUUACCAAAUUGAAAACCUCUGGAAUAUAAUGAAGAGGAAGAUGGAUGAUCACAAACCAUCAAACCACC